AUGGCUUUCGGGCCGGCGUUUCUUUUCUCUCUGGAAGGGCGUGUUUGCAUUCAAGGUGAAGGCUCUGCAGAAAGUGCACGAGAGACACCCAGGAGGCUUUCCAGAGAACAGCUUUCUGUACUGAUAUCGGCAGCUUCGAUGAACUUAGGUUCCAUGAUGUGCUAUUCUAUCCUUGGACCCUUUUUCCCCAAGGAAGCUGAAAAGAAGGGUGCCAGCAAUACCAUUAUCGGUAUGAUCUUCGGGUGUUAUGCUUUGUUUGAGUUGCUAGCAUCUUUGGUAUUUGGAAAAUAUCUCGUACAUAUUGGAACAAAAUUUAUGUUUGUAGCAGGAAUGUUUGUCUCGGGAGGAGUUACAAUUCUCUUUGGCGUACUGGACCAAGUUCCAGAAGGACCAACAUUUAUUGCUAUGUGUUUUCUAGUGAGAGUAAUGGAUGCAGUGAGCUUUGCUGCAGCAAUAACUGCGUCAUCUUCUAUCCUCGCAAAGGCUUUUCCAAAUAACGUGGCUACAGUAUUGGGAAGUCUUGAGAUUUUUUCUGGACUGGGAUUGGUACUAGGUCCUCCUUUAGGUGGCUUUUUGUAUCAAUCCUUUGGCUAUGAGGUGCCUUUUAUUAUUUUGGGAUGUAUAGUUCUGCUGAUGGUUCCACUCAACAUGUGUAUUUUACCCAGUUAUGAAUCUGAUCCAGGUGAACACUCAUUCUGGAAACUCAUCACUUUACCCAAGAUUGGCCUUAUAGCCUUUGUCAUCACCUCACUCAGUGCGUGUUUUGGCUUCCUUGAUCCUACUCUGUCUCUGUUUGUCUUGGAGAAGUUUAAUUUACCAGCUGGAUAUGUGGGACUGGUAUUCCUGGGUUUGGCACUGUCCUAUGCCAUUUCUUCACCACUGUUUGGUCUACUGAGUGACAAAAUGCCGCAUCUAAGGAAAUGGCUUCUCGUUUUGGGAAACUUAAUUACAGCAGGGUGCUACAUGCUCUUAGGACCUGUCCCUGUCUUGCACAUUAAAAGUCAGCUCUGGCUGUUGGUGCUAGCUUUAGUGGUAAGCGGCAUCUCUGCUGGAAUGAGUGUGAUUCCAACUUUCCCAGAGAUUCUCAGUUGUGCAUAUGAAAAUGGAUUCGAAGAAGGAUUAAGUACAUUGGGACUUGUCUCAGGUCUUUUUAGUGCAAUGUGGUCAGUUGGUGCUUUUAUAGGACCAACACUGGGUGGAUUUCUGCUUGAGAAAAUUGGUUUUGAAUGGGCAGCGGCAAUACAAGGUCUGUGGGCUCUAAUAAGUGGAUUAGCGAUGGGCUUGUUUUAUUUACUGGAGCACUCAAGGAGAAGAAGAAGAUCUAAACCUCAAAACAUCCUUAGCUCAGAGGAAGAGCGAACUGUUCUCUUGCCUAAUGAAAUCUAGCCUUAUGAAUCCUGGAUGGUUAUACGAUUGGGAGAUGGAUGUUCCUGGCCUUGAACAUCACUGUUGGAAGGGCUUUCUUAAUUUUACGCACAGAACUCCAUGAAGUCCACACCAGCAUCCUGGAAGUAUCAAUGUAUUUUUUGGAUGAUCCUGUGAUGGGCUGCGCUUGAUGUCCUGAAAAGCUGGCCUGCUGACCAGCCAUAUCUGAAACAUUUAGUUUGUGAAGAGUGGUUGAAAACCAGGAAAAGUUUGUGUUUUUAAGUGACCAAACUUGUCAGUGAAGAUAUUGUUAUUGACUCUGUUUAGUUCUCCUGUUUCCUUUGUUGACUUUUUAUUCUGUACCUUUUUUUAUUAACAGGGAAAGAAAUGAAUUAACUUAAUAUGCUUAAAAUAUAUAAAGAUGACUCCUAUUAAAUAUACAGAAUACUUACUAUUAAAUCAGUUUUUAAAAGAUAUA